AUGGCGUCCAUCGUCGAAAAGCAGCUGCAGAGCUUGCUGGACGGCUUCGACGCCUUGCGACUUGAAUAUCAGCGCGUAUACUCUCGCUGUGCAACUCUUGAGUCUCAACUGUACACGGCCAAAUCACAGUAUUCGCGUCUUGCCGACCAAAGUCCUGAAAAGGCCCAACCCCUCGAUCUUUCAGCUUCUCCAGCCUUUCCUUUGGCUGUUGACUUUGAGAGCUUGAUAAAUAGUUCUAAGAUAGUUGACGCCAGCCGUCGUGACAAAAUCACUGCCGCUUCUCGUACCACAAAUUCGCUGCGCUCGACCGGCGUAGCCAUACAUUCUGGGCCUUCGGCCGACAAACCUUCCGCUCCCACCUCAUCUGCUGCUAUGCCCUCUAUUUCAGAGUCUCCUCUCGAACAAGAUUUUACCGUUCCUGGUACUCCGAGCAGACUUGAUUGCCCUUUCGCAUCCAUGGAAAGGCGCAAAUUGAGCUCGCACGCCGCCUCGGUCGUAUCACGUUAUAAAUCCGAGUCUGUCCGACAACCGCGCACCUCUGGUUCCCGCAUCAACGGACGACGUGGUUCCUCCAGCGCACGCAACUCUGUUAUUGAUCCCAUAAGAGAGGUUUGUGCCAUGGACUCACAUAAGAAGAAUCCCGAUGUCGAGCCAUCAGUCCAAGGCUCUUCCACCGACAAAGUUUGCCCUAUCCGCUUCCUCGACCAGCAUAGCCCAGAGGAAGUGGCAGCCUACUUUGAGCUACACAAACACGAACUUCCAAGGAGUCACGAAAUAUGCGUAAAGAGAUACCAAAGCAAUGAAGAACAAAUCCGACAGCUUGAUGCCAAAUACGGUAACAUCGUUAGCAUGAUUCAAGGGCUGGGUCAAAAACAUGUAUCCCUGCUGCCUGAGAAUCUGGGCGAUGAUCAUUACGAGGCAGAGGAAGAAUUCGAUGAUGACGGCGGUGCCAGCAAUGAGAAAAUCCGCAAAUGGGCUAGUACCGUAUACACAGGACCAGACGCCCCACCCGAAGAGGAAACCGAGGAAGAUCGCUUGCCUCGUUUUGACCGGCCGUUACGGGACGUUCGUCUAGGAGAAAGCCCAAGCCGACCAUGGGGCAUCCAGGUCCCGAUCGACGCACGAGAACGACAACACAGUGUAACCUCAAACGUAGCAGCUGCUACAGUACCCGAGAAACCACAACAAACAGCCGAAACUCAGGCAGAAAGACCCAAGGGCAGAUGUCCCUUUGGAUUUGACGAGCAGAAACCACCCAGCCAGGAAGACAAGGAAGAUGCAGAAAUCGAGAAACCAGCCGAAGAGAAGGGGACUGUCCCAGAAGUCGAGAAGCUCGAAGCGAAACCUACAUUCAUCCGUCAAGCGAACUUCGAAUCCACUGCAGAGAAGAUGACCGAAGAGCAGCCAGUCUUCAUCAAAACGGAAACUGGCGAGCAAAAGCAACAGGCACAGAUGGUGUUUACGGGGCCCGUGUUCAUCGGUUAUUCGGUGCAGGAGGCCAUGGCUGUGCUGCAAUCGAUGCAGAAGAAUUAG